AUGGCUGGGAAACAGAUUGCCGCCGCAUUGGAGGCCCUCAUCCACGCGAUGGGGUUCACCGGUGGCCACCAACGGCAGCCAAGGCGUAGGCGAACGCAGCGGGACAGGACGAUGCUCCAGUGCUACUACUGUCAGCAGCUGGGGCACUCCGCGCGCGGGUGUAAGAACGCCGUCGCGUGCUUGAAGUGCGCGGCGGCCCUCGACACCCGCAGCUGCACGAAGCCACGUGGGGUAGCCUGCGUCUGCGCGAACUGCGGCGGACCACACGCCGCCAACUCGCGUAGCUGUGGCUACCUCCGCGAGUCACGCCGUCUACCCGCCGCACCACGCCCUGCGGCGACGUCAAGCGCCUCGACGGCUGCCCCGCCCCCCCGCUUCAGCGAGGGGUGCGAGCCGCGCCGCCUUGAGGCCACCACCGACGAAGCUAUGGCCGGCUUCCAAGCUCGCAGCUGUGCAUCGCCAGCUCCAGCAGCUGCGCGACGAGCUGCGGGCUAUCAAGAAGCAGCCGCCAGAUCCCGCCGCCAACCCCGCCGUGAGUCGUCCGAUGGGGGUCGACGCGGCCACGCAAACCACCGCUCCCCCUCCUGCAGCAAUGCAGGAGGUGGCGCCCAUGGAAACAGAGGAAUUGCCGCCCGGGCUGCCCCCCUCCAAGGUGGCAGCCACAAGCAAGGGUGCCGACGCGCCACCUGA